UCUUUAAAAAAAAAAACAGAUUUUCUUUAACGAGCAGUCUCUAUAUGCUUUGGUGGGGACUUGGGAGUGAGUCUAUAAAUAUAAAUAAGGGGCCUGUUUCAUCUUACAUUGUCUAGAGUGAAUCAACGGAGGGUGCUUGCCACCACACAUCUGUUUCUCUCUCUGUGAGCCCACUUUUGUGUAGUGUAAGCAAACAAGGGAACUUGACAAGAAUCUCUGGAAAUGGAAAUGGAAGGGAAAGUUGUGAAAUCAAGAUUCAAGAGGGUAUGUGUUUUCUGUGGAAGCAGUACUGGCAAGAGGAAAUGUUACAGAGAUGCUGCUGUUGAAUUAGCCCAAGAAUUGGUGGCAAGAAGAUUGGACCUUGUUUAUGGUGGAGGGAGUAUUGGAUUGAUGGGUUUGGUUUCGCAAGCUGUUCACCAUGCCGGAGGGAAUGUUCUCGGGAUCAUACCUAGAACUCUGAUGAGCAAAGAGAUAACUGGUGAAACGGUAGGGGAAGUGAGACCCGUCGCCAACAUGCACCAAAGAAAGGCAGAAAUGGCCCGCCAUUCUGAUUGUUUUAUUGCUUUACCAGGCGGGUAUGGAACUUUGGAGGAGUUAUUGGAAGUGAUAACCUGGGCUCAGCUGGGUAUCCAUGACAAACCUGUGGGCUUGCUUAAUGUUGAUGGCUAUUAUAAUUAUCUACUGACUUUCAUCGACAAAGCCGUGGAUGAUGGCUUUAUCAAACCUUCCCAACGCCACAUCAUUGUCUCUGCACCAAAUGCCAAAGAACUGGUCCAGAAGCUUGAGGAGUACGUUCCUGUGCAUGAUGGAAUCAUAGCCAAGGCAAGUUGGGAGGUUGAGCAGCAGCAGCAGCAAGUGCCGCAACAGGUGGGGUUCAAUGCCACUACUUUUCAGACUCAGAUCGCUCUAUGAAGGAAGACAUGGAAAUUGAAUAAAGAUGGGAAAAAAAGUAGGGAAAAAGGUGUUUUAGGCGCUUAGCUUUUUACGAUGAUUUUUGGGUCAAAUACCAACCAUACCAUAAUGAUCAUGGUAAGGUUUGCAUGACAAGGAAAUAUAGAGAAGAAGAACAGAAAGCAUGUUUUCUUUUUGGAAAGCUAAGCUCAUUAAAUAUGAGUAUUUAAACUAGUAUUUUGGCAUCUAAAAUUAUGUACAAAUAUCAUAGAAAGAACAAGCAGCAAAAUCCAAAAAACUGCAGCUUUUUAUUAUUUGUAUGUAUCAUGCAUGUCAAUGCAUAAAGAGCAUGCAUUGCUUUGCUGAUAGUUUCACAACUUGUUCUCUUUUUGUUGUGUCAGUUUUUUUAAGGUA